UUUUAGUGUGUUAGUGCAUUUAUAGUGAAAUAGAAACUGCAUUCCGUGCACUCCUUUUGUUUACAUUAACCAAGAAACAUAAAAAUGUUACAAGUGGGCAGACAACAAUUACGUAGACCUGAAAAAUUUUUUCAAUUAAUACGUCAAACAUCCACUAAACGAAAUUGGCUGAAACCAAAUGGCAUUGAGACUGAUUUACGCAUUUACAAUUGCGUUGCGAAACGUAAUGUGCCUUUUAUCUUGAACAAUCAAUACUUUGUAACUUGGUAUACUUGCGGGCCGACUGUGUAUGACUCCUGUCAUUUGGGACAUGCCAGUUGUUAUGUGAAGUUGGACAUUUUACAGCGUAUUCUAAGACAUCAUUUCAAUCUGAAUAUUGUGAGUGCUAUGAAUAUCACUGAUAUUGAUGAUAAAAUCAUAGCAAAGAGUGAGAACCUAGGUAAAGACUGGCGUGAAGUAGCGCGCUUUUAUGAGGCGGAAUUUUGGGGAGAUUUAAAAAAAUUAAAUGUUUUGGAGCCGAAUGUCAAGGCUCGUGUAACCGACCAUAUACCAAAGAUAAUAAACUAUAUUGAACGUAUUUUAAAAAAAAGAUUGGCUUACAUAGGUGAUGAUAAUUCGGUGUAUAUGGAUGUAAAAAGCGUAAAGAAUUAUGGAAAACUGCAAAAUAUCAGUUUAGAUGACCAAGAUGCGGGAGAGCAAUUAGAAAAAGGAUUUAAAAAAUCACCUAUGGAUUUUGCUUUAUGGAAGUCACGCAAAACGGGACCAACUUUUCCUUCUCCUUGGGGUAACGGUCGACCUGCCUGGCAUAUCGAGUGCAGCACUUUAGCUGAUAUGAUCUUUGGCGAUAAUGUCCACAUACACGCUGGAGGUAUUGAUUUAAGGUUUCCGCAUCACGAGAACGAAGAAUGUCAAAGUUGUGUAUAUCACGACAAUAAACAAUGGGUUAAUUAUUGGUUGCAUACUGGUCACCUAAGUAUGAAAGGGGAAUCGCAAAAAAUGUCCAAUUCAUUGAAAAACACCAUUACCGUGAAAGACAUGUUAGAAAAGUACACUGGUGAUGAUUUCCGUAUGGCUUGUGCGCUUUCGAAUUACCGAAGCGCUAUGGAGUACAGUGACGAAUUAAUGGUUAUGGCUAAAAGUAAUUUAAAUAAAUUCAAAGGAUUUAGAACGGAUUGUUUGGCCUAUUUAUCAGGAAAAAAGACCGCCGUAGGGCUGGAUGAUUCAGCCAUUUUCGAGAAUCUCAAGUUUGCCCAAUCGCACAUUGAUAGCUCCAUUAGGGAUGAUUUCAAUACGGCCCGUUCCAUAACAACACUUAUGGAUCAAAUAUCCAGUAUUAGUAGAUGCAUCAACGCACAACCCGGAUCAGAAGUACAAACUGCUUCGAGUUUGGAUGCUGUAGCGGCUGUUAGCAAUUAUGUGUCAUUCAUAUUGCAAUCUUUCGGUUUUGCUUUUGUCACCGCAAAAGAGCACGAAGUAAAUAAUACCACCGAACAAUUCGACUUGAAUGCUUUACUCGAAGAUAUUCUGAAUACUCGUAAAUCAAUACGUGAAAAAGCCGUAGCUGAUAAAAAUGAUCAUUUAUUCAAAAUAUGCGACGAUUUGCGUAAAUGCUUACUUCAAAAUGGUAUAGAUAUACGCGAUCAUAGCAAAGGCAGUUCCUGGAGUUUCACUAAGAGAACAAUUGAACAAGAAAAAUAAUGAAAUGACAAUUUUUGUCUCGAAUUAAAAAAAUUACGAAUAUUUUUGACGAAUUAUUAUUAAUAGUAAUAAUUUAUUGCGUUUUAUAAUAUUUGAUUGUAUUAAUAAUGGCUUUUGAUGAUUCGAUGCUAAUAUAUUGCAUUUGACGUUUUUAAAUUAUUAUUAAAAUUUUGCAUAGAACUAAAAGUAUUAAAGUGUGCCUGGGAUCAAA